GUUUUCCAACACAGCGCAUGUUCCGUUUCCAUAACAACGAGCAACAACGGACAGGGAAAUGGUUUAUAUUACGGAGGACCUGAUCCGCCGGAGGGCUGAGCACAAUGACAGUGAGCUCUUCUCGCUGGAGGAGCUGUCUCUGCACCAGCUGGACAUCGAGAAGAUCGAACACAUCGACAGGUGGUGCUCAAAGCUGGUGAUCCUCUACCUGCAGAACAACCUCAUCCCCAGGAUUGAAAAUCUGGGUCACCUGAAGAGACUGCAGUAUCUGAAUCUGGCUCUGAACAACAUUGAAGUGAUCGAAAAUCUAGAAGGCUGUGAGAGUCUACAGAAGUUGGACCUGAUGGUGAACUUUGUGGGCCACCUGAGCAGCGUGGACUCUCUGCGGCACAACAUCCACCUCAGAGACCUCUGCCUGAUGGGGAACCCCUGCAGCCGGUUUGAGGGCUACAGGCAGUACGUCGUGGCUGCUCUGCCGCAGCUCCAGUGUCUGGACGGCACAGAGAUCAGCCGGUCGGAGCGGAUUCAAGCCUCGCACAGUCUGACGGAGGUGAGGAGGCGCAUCCAGGAGGAGGAGAAGGAAUACCUGAAGAGGAGGGCUGAGCAGAAGGAGGCCGAGAGGAGCAAAGGGGGGGAGGAGAGCGGCGGCUUGGACGGCAGCUGGUCCACUGAUAUCAGCACGGCGGUAGAUUCUCUGGAGGAGAAGGACCAAGAUCUGCAGGAGAAGCUGAGGAGCUCAGAAGCAGCCAUGGAGAGGCAGGAGCAAGAGUUUUGGCAGAAGCCAUGUGCCUUCACACCCGAGUGCCGCCUGGAGGUUCACCGCCACCUGCAGAGGAAGAGGAAGGCCAAAGAAAAGAAGACAGAGAAAAAGGAAAAGUGUCGUGCUUUGUUUGGAGAUAACGGACAAGUUUUGAACAUUAACGAGCCAAAGCUCAAUUUCCAUCUCACUGAAGACGAAGAAAACAACACUGUGGUGUUGGACCUGGCAGUUUACAGACACAUGGACACCUCGCUGAUAGACGCAGAUGUGCAACCAACCUACGUUAGAGUCAGCAUCAAAGGAAAGAUUUUUCAGAUUGUCCUGCCUGCAGAAGUGAAGCCUGACUCUUCGACGGCACAGAGGUCCCAAACCACGGGACACCUGCUCCUGACCAUGCCCCUGGCUUACGGCGAAAUCAAAGGGAACCGGACUAUUCCACAUCAGCGCAGAGCGUGUCAGAGCAGACACAUCCCUCAGCUGGAGGCCAGUGAAAGCAGAAAAAAUGUUCCUGAAAGGCUGGAGGUUGAUCCAAGCAAGUGUUCAUCCAUCGAUUUUACCAACAUCAUUUCCCAGCAAAGCUCCAGAGAAGGUCGACGGAAAACUCCGCCCUCUUCCGCUGCCUCAACCAGUGAGGAGUUUGAGGACAACCCUGACGUCCCACCACUUGUGUUAGAAUUUGCGUGAGGUACAUGGAUGCACGACUGACAGGCAAAAGGAUAUAGAAAAUGCAAACAUUCAAAGUAAAAUAAAUUGUCAGAGAACCUACGGGAAGUUUAGAACAAUUCUUAACAAUUUGCUUUUUAGUUUCUAAAGUCCAGAUGUUAAAAAAAGAAGACUAUCUGUAAAUGGACAUCUCAGACAUGUUUAAAUAAAGUUUUAUAAUCUUUCUGAA